AUGGCUGCGCCACUAGGCAAUAGGCUUCAAAGCAUGUUGCAGGCUGCGGUGCAAUCUGUUCACUGGACUUAUAGCCUCUUCUGGCAACUUUGUCCACAACAAGUGAUUCUGGUUUGGGGUGAUGGAUACUACAAUGGGGCAAUUAAGACUAGGAAGACGGUGCAACCAAUGGAGGUGAGUGCUGAGGAGGCAUCUCUCCAAAGAAGCCAGCAACUUAGAGAACUCUAUGAAUCAUUGUCUUCCGGAGAGACAAAUCCACCAACUCGCCGGCCAUGCGCCGCCUUGUCGCCGGAGGACCUAACAGAAUCCGAAUGGUUCUAUUUGAUGUGUGUCUCAUUCUCCUUUCCUCCUGGUGUUGGGUUGCCCGGAAAGGCUUAUGCUAGGAGGCAGCAUGUUUGGCUCACUGGUGCAAACGAGGUGGACAGCAAAACAUUUUCACGAGCUAUUCUAGCCAAGACAGUGGUGUGCAUUCCUUUAUUAGACGGCGUGGUUGAGUUUGGCACGACGGAUAAGGUUCAAGAAGACCUUAACUUCAUCCACCACGUCAAGACAUUCUUCACAGACCACCACCACCCUCUCCCGCCCAAGCCCGCCUUGUCCGAGCACUCAACCUCCAACCCCAUAUCCUCCUCCGACCACAUCCCAGCCGUCAUGUACACCGUCGCAGACCCACCCGCCACCAAUCCCACCCAAAACGACAUGGACGAAGAUGAAGAGGAAGAGGAAGAGGAAGAGGAAGAGGAGGAGGAGGAGGAGGAGGAGGAGGCGGAGACGGCCUCCGAGGACGAAACCAGAGGCCGCGUCGCCCAUCCGACGCCGGACAUGGAGGGCGUCACGGCUGCGGAGCCCAGUGAGCUGAUGCAGCUGGAGAUGCCGGAGGACAUCCGGGUGGGGUCUCCGAACGACGGGUCGAACAACUUGGACUCGGACUUCCAUUUGCUGGCGGUGAGUCAAGGAUUGAACGCGGCGGGGCAGGCUGAGUCGACCCGGAGAUGGGCCCCGAGUCAAGAGCCACUUCAAGUUCAACUACCAGCUUCAGUUCAAUUCAGCUACAAUUUGGUUAGCACAACUAGUUUGACUGAAAUCGCCCCUGAUCUAUUAGAAGAGUUGACCCAAGAAGACACACACUACUCUCAAACGGUAUCCAACAUCCUCCAAAACCAGUCCAGCCGGUGGUCCACCUCGCCCACCUCCGUCGGCUACAUCACAUACUCCACGCAUUCAGCUUUCUCAAAGUGGACCACCCGCGCCAGCCACCUCUUCCACCCGGCGGUCGACGGCCCCAGCCAGUGGCUCCUCAAGUACAUUCUCUUCACGGUCCCCUACCUCCACGCCAAGAACCCUACCGAGAAUUCUCCGCCAACCGCCGUCGACCCCAAGCUCCGCGGCAAGGGAACGCCGCAGGACGAGCUGAGCGCCAACCACGUGCUCGCCGAGCGCCGCCGCCGCGAGAAGCUGAACGAGCGGUUCAUAAUUCUGCGGUCACUGGUCCCCUUCGUCACGAAAAUGGACAAGGCAUCCAUUCUCGGCGACACCAUCGAAUAUGUGAAGCAGCUGCGGCGGAAGAUCCAGGAGCUGGAGGCCCAUAACCGCCACACUGAGGCGGAACAGCGUUCCAAGCUCCCUGAGGUAACGGUUCAAAGGACGAGUAGCAAUUCGAGCAAGGAGCAACAGAGGAGUGGGGUGACGGUGAUGGAGAAGAGGAAGUUGAGGAUCGUGGAAGGGGUGGCGGCGAAGGCGACGGCGGUGGAGGCGGAGGCGGCAACGUCAGUGCAAGUUUCAAUCAUUGAGAGCGAUGCACUGUUGGAGAUAGAGUGCCUCCACAGAGAAGGGUUGCUUCUGGACGUGAUGCAGAUGCUGAGGGAGUUGAGGAUAGAGGUUAUUGGGGUGCAGUCGUCGCUUAACAAUGGGGUGUUCGUGGCGGAGUUGAGGGCUAAGGUGAAGGAACAUCCGAACGGGAAGAAGGUGAGCAUCGUGGAAGUGAAGAGGGCACUUAACCAAAUCAUUCCCCAUGCGGACUGA